AUGGGGAAUAAAAAGGGGAAGGCGUCGUUCAUGAAAGAAUACUUGCGUUCCAUGCAGGGAAUGGACCAUCAGUUCCAGCCGUUCUCGCGCAAUGGGAUCGAGAUCACGGGCGAAGAGUUGCAAAGGCGAGGCAACUCGGGCCUGACGGUCGUGGACGCGGCGAUGUGCAACACGUUGCAAGUGCGUCGCGGGUCGGAGCCCUCGCUGAACCGGAUCGGCGGGCCGGGCGACCUGGGCACGGGACAUUCCUGCGACCGGGUUGCUGCCAACGGCGUCGGCAGUGGGCCCGGCCCGCCAGCAUUGGUGGCGGAAAACAAACGCUGGUCCGCUGCGCCGAUCAUUGACGACGACGACGAGGCCCGUUUGCUCAAGCCGAUCGAGUUCUCGUUGUUCCGCAUGUUGCGAUGUGUGGACGUAGAGCGACAAGCUUCAGCACCUGAUCGUUUUUCUUUCGACGAUCCAGUCUUGCCACUUCCUCUCGUCACGGCUUUUUCGUCGCCGUUGCUGGAAGGAAUUCGACCCGGGCUUUCUAAUGUUUCCUCGUUAUCUUGCACUCGGGCCAUUCAGACCAGCUUGUUGGGAAACUAG